CGUGUAGGUUACUUCUGUUUAGGCAAGACUCUGUUUAGCUCCAAGAAUAACAUUAGCUGCUGCACCACAGAUCAAGGGUUGGCAUGAAGCUCCAAAUGUGAAGUUGUCAUCAUCACUUGAUGCCUGUUGUUCUGAAGACGAAAGGAGCAUGAAUUUGUGUGACAUCAGCUUCCGUUCCAAGAGAGUACAAUCGAUAAGAUGCAUAUUUUCUGCCUUAUACAACAGAUCACACCCAGCUGCACAGCUUUUCUCAGGGGAUUUCAGCUGCUGUCUGCCCAAAUAUUCUUCUUCAUGCACUGGAGAAAUGCUUCUUCUUUGCUUCCCCAGAGCAACAGACAGAGAUUUAUGAAAGUAAGUGAAGAUAGAAGUAUCUGCACGAUCAUGAAGCAGCAUGUGGAAUACAAACAUAGGAAAGAGACAAGAAGAGAAGCAAAGAUCUGGAUAAUGUUGUUCAGUGAAAAAAUAAGUGGAGCAGAAGGAACAAAGUUAGAUGAAGAAUUUCAAGAGAUGGAAAGGAAAAUUGAUGUUACAAAUAAAGCUGUAACAGAACUUCUGUCCAAAUCCACAGAGUAUCUUCAGCCAAAUCCAGCAUACAGAGCCAAGCUGGGAAUGCUGAACACUAUGUCAAAGAUCAGAGGACAAGUUAAAACUACAGGCUAUCCCCAGACAGAGGGACUCCUAGGAGACUGCAUGAUACGGUAUGGCAGAGAGCUUGGCGAUGAUUCUAUGUUUGGCCUUGCUUUGCUGGAUGCUGGUGAGAGCAUGAAGCAAAUGGCAGAAGUGAAGGACUCACUUGAUAUUAAUGUCAAACAAAAUUUUAUUGAUCCUCUACAGUUACUGCAAGACAAAGAUUUAAAAGAAAUUGGGCAUCAUUUGAAGAAACUAGAAGGACGCCGUUUGGAUUACGAUUAUAAGAAGAAGCGUUUUGGAAAGAUACCAGAUGAAGAAGUUAAGCAAGCAGUAGAAAAGUUUGAAGAGUCAAAGGAACUGGCUGAAAGAAGCAUGUUCAACUUCUUAGAAAAUGAUGUAGAACAAGUUAGCCAGUUGGCUGUGUUCGUAGAAGCAGCCCUAGAUUACCAUAAACAAUCCACAGAAAUUUUGGAGGAUCUGCAGAACAAGCUGCAAAACCGAAUAAAUGUAGCGUCUAGUCGGCCUAAACGUGAAUUUAAGCCAAAGCCUGUAAUAACUACAACUCUGGAAAUUGGUGAUAAUCAGCAGCACAAUGGGAUUGCCUAUAGUUCAUCCAUAAAAUCAUCAGGUUCUUCAAUGCACAUGGAUCAGCCUUGCUGUCAAGCUCUCUAUGACUUUGAGCCGGAAAAUGAAGGCGAGCUUGGGUUUAAGGAAGGGGACAUCAUAACUUUGACCAAUCAGAUUGAUGAGAAUUGGUAUGAGGGGAUGUUAAAUGGAGAGUCUGGCUUCUUCCCCAUUAAUUAUGUUGAAGUGAUGGUUCCCUUGCCUCAGUGAUUGUGUCAUUCAAGCUGUGAACAUGAUUUCAUGACUGAAAUGGAUUCACAAGUGUUCUGUCAGUGUGGCAUUCUGUGAAAGCCUUGCUAUUUGACUGACUUACUGACUUUUGUAUGCGUCUUUUUAAAAUGUAUUUAUUUUAUAUGCGGAAAAAAAAAUUCACCUUCCCCAACUUGUCAACCUGCAAAAAAACCCAUGCCCAGUUUUUUUGCUUUGUGCCUUGAAGAUCACUGUAUGGAGUGUUUCCUGGUAGCUCACUGUUGCUCCAAAACUGCAUUUCCUUGCUUUUAUUGUUUGUGGAUUUUUAUUUUAUCUUUGGCUGCAAUGACUUUACUAUGGAAAACCAUUUUUAAAAAUACUGUAAGUGAAGCUAACUGUAACCAGUUCCUAAGUUACCGAUGUCAUUGAACUCUCUCCAUCUAUCACACUGUAAUUUAUUGUGACCAAGUUAAUCUAUGUUUCACAUUGUACGUUGACAAAAGACAAAAGUGGUUGUUGUCAAUAUUAUGAUGUUGUUGUACUAAGUACAAGUUCCCAGCAUUGAAACUUCCCAUAAUUUACUGACCAAACUGAAUAAAUAUUUCUGUGGGAUAAGA